AUGAGCUUUGACGGCCGUCGCGAGGAGCUCACGUCGUCGAGGAGGGUGGCGGCCAAGGACGUGCCCGGCGACAUCGACGCCUUCAGACGGGCCGCCAAGAACACCAUCGAUGCCUUUGCAUGGGCGGAGGUCAUUGUUUCUGAAAGGAUCAAUAAGAGGUAUGAAUGUCAGCUGCAAUAUGGAUCAAUUGGUUGGUCGGUCGGGGCUACUCUGGGAUAUGCGCAGGCUGCUAAGGAUAAGCGAGUCAUUUCCCUCAUUGGAGAUGGCAGCUUUCAGGUGACGUCACAAGAAGUGUCGACGAUGCUCCGGUGGGGACAGAACAACAUCAUCUUCCUCAUAAACAACGGGGGUUACACCAUCGAGGUGAAGAUCCACGACGGUCCUUACAAUGUCAUCAAGAAUUGGAACUACACCGGCUUGGUGAAAGCAUUCCAUAAUGGCGAGGGAAAAUGCUGUACUGCAAAGGUUCAAACGGAGGAGGAACUGGAGGAGGCAAUUGAGGCAUCCCUAGGACCUCACAAGGACAGCCAGUGCUUUAUAGAGGUAAUUGUGCACAAGGAUGACACUAGUAAGGAGCUUCUUGUGUGGGGAGCUAGGCUUUUCGCCGCAAAUAACCGCCCGCCGAAUCCUCAGUGA